AAAAGGAAAUUCAAUUAUUUUUUUCCCAAAUUCUAAAUAGAUCCAACCAGCAACACCAAAAGGUCAAGUCAAGGAAACAUACAUGCAACACAAGUUUGCAAACGCAAGUGAAUAUUCUAACAUCGAAAGUGGUGAGGUUUGACUUAUUUGUUUGAUCAAAAAGUGUAAAAUGUUCUUGUCCAAGACAAACCUCUACCUCUUACUACUAUUAUGUUCCUCUUCAUUUAUGGUUUCACUACCACAAAACAAUCCUUACCUAACAUCCACAACACUCUUCCUUCAAAAUUAUCAUAAAAUGGUUCAAAAUUUCAAAGUGUUUAUGUAUCCACCAAACACAAACCAGUUCAAUUUUGGAUCAGAACUAGAAUCUCUCUUCUACUCUUCACUUCUAAACAGUUCUUACCUUACCCAACACCCACAAGAAGCACACCUCUUCUUCUUCCCUUUCUCCUCUGAAAUCUCCACGCGCUCUCUCGCGCGUCUCAUCUCACGCAUCCGCAACGAUUUUCCUUACUGGAACCGCUCUCUCGGCGCCGACCACUUUUACCUCUCCUGCGCUGGAGUUUCUAACAUAAACGACAGGAACAUCGUUGAACUGAAAAAAAACGCGGUUCAGAUAUCGUGCUUUCCCACGCGCCGUCAUAGGUUUGUCCCUCACAAAGAUCUUACAUUACCACCGAUAUCAAAUCUCCACGCGCCGGCUAUAUCAGGUUGUGGAGAUUUCUGUUUUGUUGACUACGGAAACGACAUGGGGAAAGCGAUGCGUUUAGGGUGCGUACCUGUUGUUGUGGUUACGGAUGGAGAUGUAAACGACAUGCCGUUUAUGGAUGUGCUGAGGUGGAAGGAGAUGGCUGUGUUUGUGAAAGGUGGUGUGAAGAAUAAUACUGACACGUGGAAGAAAAGACAAGAUAACAUGAAGAGAUUGUGUGUGGAAGGAAGUAAGCACUUGCAGUGGAAUCGACCUCCUCAGCCGUUGGAUGCAUUUAACACUAUAAUGUAUCAGUUGUGGCUUAGACGCCAUACCGUUAGAUAUGAAAGCAGCAUUCAAUCAAACUGAUUGCAUAUCUUGGAUGUUCAUACUUCAUAUACACAGGCAAUUAUGUAAUGUUUAUAGCUUAUUUUUAGGUAUAUUAAUAUAUGUUAUUUCAUGUCUAAAAUCAAAUAAAUAAACUUGAGUUUUUGCUUUAAA